UUCAUCGAGAGCGGUUCGCCGACGCUUUGCGGAAAGAUUUCAGAGCGAACGAGAGAGUCCGAGCGAGAGCGACGACGCCCCGCAACGAGAACAACACAAGAGCCGAGUGCGCGUGCGAAAGAGAUAGCUAACGAGUUGUCCAGUGAGAGGCCGGCUAGAGCGAGACGGCCAAUCAGUGUGCGAGCGACGAAAAAGAAAACAAAGAUACUCGCCCAGAGCAGUUGGCUACCUGUCUUUGGCCUGGUAUAUAAGUGUGUGUAUGCGAGAGAGAGUAAAUAGCGGGCAACGCAGCAGUACAUAAACGAAAAGCAGCGUGGUCGUUAGUCGAACAAAACUUCUCAAAGUGAACGGACGUACGCGGUCGGUUGUUCCGAUACUCUUGCUUUAUCGCUAUCCAAACAGAGUGAAGCGACCAAUAUAAAUAACGAAACAAGAAACAUGUGUUUAUAUGACAACCAGAGCUCAAAGCUUCAGUUACAAAAUAAUAUUUAUAAUAAAUAAGCAAUCUGAAGCCAAUUUCCUUUGUGUGACAAAUGCCGUAGCAGCGACAACAACAAGCACAACUACGUCUGUUGGCUUAUGUACGACGCGCGCGUUUAAGAGUGUGUGUGUGUGUGGGCAGAAAACAUAGGGCAAAGCAUAAUACACAAUAAAGGUGCCCGCGAAAGCAGAGCAGCCGAAAGUGCCAGCGCGUGUUGGUGUGGUUUGCCUGUGCAGGCAAAGUAGAAAGAAAAUAAAAUAAAAUAAAAGUGGAGUGGAGUGGAGCAUAGUGAAGAAAGAGAAGCAGAAACGCUGACUCAAAACUCAAUUGUGGAUUAUUUACUUGGAUUAUUCCUCUUGCCAUUGGAUUAUAUAUGUUUACAAGGCGACCACCACGAUGCCAAUUAACUGGCUGGAUUAUUAGUGGAUUAAAGAUUGGAUACAAAGAUUGACGCUUGUGCGAAAAACAAAAGCGAAUUUUUAGCGGCGAGAGUGUAUUAUUAUUACUAUGAUGACGCCAGAGUCGAAAGCAAUACAGCCGGCAGCAGCAACAACAAAGCAAACAGCGGAGGCAACACCAGAAGCAACAGCAACAACAACAAUGGCUCACACACAACAAAAGUCGCAGUUGUCAACGUUGGCGAAAGCAACAACAACAUCAACAACAACAUCGACAACGACAACGAAUAAGGCGGCCAAAAGCGUUGUCAGCAAUGCAAAUAGCAGUGGCAACAAUUCAAGCAAAAAGCUGGCUUUGUAUCAGUCCCAGAAAACAACAACAAUAACUGCGACGACGACAACAACAACACCAGCAGCUGCAGAAACAGCAGAGGCAACAACUAAUGCUGAUAAAAUGCAAAAGCAACAGCAACUGAAGCAGCAACUUUUUGCCGCCUGCAGCAUUAAAGUAAAAAGUGAAAACACAUUAGCAACUACUGCAAAUGCAGCAGCAGCAACAACAGCAACAGCAACACAACUUGCCACAGGCAAAGCGGCAAAAAUAAUAUUAGAAAACGGCAUCAAGAAGGAAUCCACGCCUCCGGCUGUCGAAUCCGUUGAGGCCUCCUCCUCAUCGUCAUCCUCCUCGUCCUCCUCAUCAUCGUCCUCGUGGUCGACGGCAAGGAGAGCCACUUCGGAGGACGCCAGCAGCAAUGGUGGCGCCUCCGCCGAGGAGGAGAAGAUGGAGGAGGACCAAACGGGGGCGGUGGCAACAGCGUCUUCAACGGCGACAACGACUUCCGAUUUGGCCACAACUUCAAGGCCACGCCCCGUCCUUCUAACGGCCGUCAAUCCGCACAUCAUCUGUCACCUGUGCCAGGGAUAUCUGAUCAAUGCCACCACCAUCGUCGAGUGUCUGCACUCCUUCUGCCACAGUUGCCUCAUUAAUCACCUGCGAAAGGAGCGCUUCUGCCCGCGCUGCGAGAUGGUCAUCAACAACGCCAAGCCGAACAUCAAAUCGGACACCACGCUCCAGGCGAUAGUGUACAAGCUCGUGCCGGGUCUUUACGAGCGGGAGCUGAUGCGCAAAAGGGCCUUCUACAAGGAUCGUCCCGAGGAGGCAGCCUUGGCCACGCCCGAGCAGCGAGGCGAUGAUACGGAGCAUCUGAUCUUCAGUCCCUCGGAUGACAUGUCGUUGUCGCUGGAGUACGCCGAAUUGGGGGAACUGAAAACCGAUUCCGAGUCUGAGUUGGUGGACACAUUGCGUCCGCGGUACCUUCAAUGUCCGGCCAUGUGCCGUGUGAGCCACUUGAAGAAGUUCGUCUACGACAAAUUUGAGAUUGAUGCCCAGCGUUUUAGUAUCGACAUUAUGUACAAAGUCAAGACCAUCGUGCUGCUCGACUACUACACGCUUAUGGACAUCGCCUACAUCUACACGUGGAAGCGGGAUGCACCCAUGCGGUUUUACUACCGUGUUUAUGAGUCGCCGCAGCCGCUGGUGAAGCCGGCUCCUCGUCGAUUGCUGCCACUGCCCCUGGAGAAGCAGGAGAAGGAGAAUCCAGAGCAACAGCUGCCAGUGGAAGCCUCUUCUACGACGGUGGAACCUUUGCCCCUGCCAGUGGAGCAAGCAGUUAAAGCUUCCAUUAAAGUGGAGGAGCAGGAGACCAACAAGGAAGUCGUGAAAGAAGUGGUUAAGGAUGCGGCAACCGCACCCACGACGGAGACACUGAAGCUGGUGAUCAAUCGAAAUAUGCUGGACAAGCGUGAGAAGAGUCACUCUCCACAGAUGAACUCGAAAUCGUCCUCGAAGAGUUCGCCCUCCACUCCCGUUUCGUCUCCCUCGGAGCCCAAUAUCAAGCUGAAGAUCGAUCUCUCCAAGCAGAACAGCGUCACCAUUAUCAAUAUGUCCGAUCCUGAGCGCAGAGAGAUAGUGAAACCCCUCAAGCCCGAGAAGGAGUCCAGGUCGAAGAAGAAGGACAAGGACGGAAGUCCCAAGUCGUCAAGCAGCUCCAGUUCCUCUUCCAGUGGAGAGCGCAAGCGUAAGAGUCCCAGCCCGCUGACGGUUCCUCCAUUGACCAUUCGCACAGAACGCAUCAUGAGUCCAAGUGGGGUGAGCACUCUGAGUCCAAGAGUGACCAGCGGAGCGUUCUCAGAGGAUCCCAAGUCGGAGUUCCUUAAGUCGUUCGCUCUGAAACCCAUCAAGGUGAAAGUAGAAUCACCGGAGAGGUCGUUGAACAACAGAGCCAUCACCCCGCCUUCGCCUUCGGUGCAACAGUCCCCCUCACCCAAAACGAAGGGUAACUUGGACGACAGCAUUCUCAUGAAGCCGCCCAGCUGCAUGCCUCCCAAAUCCAUUGCAUCUUCGAAGAGAAAGAGCAAAGAACCAGUUAAGGCUGUGUCCAAGAAGCCGAAACUAUCGCCGCCCCUUCCAACGGUGGACUUUAAGAUACGCCUGCCCGCCACCAAUGGCAGUUCUCCAGGCUCCGCGUCUCCCAAGAUAGAAAAACCGCUGAUGCCACCGCCGGCAAAGCCGCCAAUGUUGGCUCCCCGGAAACUGCAGCCCUCCACCCAGCUUGCGCCGCCUCCAUCGCCCAUGCAUCAUCAUGCCGGCGUGCAGAUGUCAGCUCCUGGUAACCGGACACCCAUCGCCAAACGCUAUCAGCCUAUUUUACCCAAAGCUUCGCGUCCAAAUCCCUUUGCCAAUAUUCCAAACGAUGUCAAUCGAUUGCUCAAAGACGCUGGUACCGAAAUCAAGUCCAUUGGUGGAGGAUCGGUGGAGAACAGCAGUAACUCAGCCCAAAAGCCACAUCUGUAUGGACUCAAGGGAGACGCUAAGAUGGGACCACCACCGUUGCCUGCAACCACCCCAACUCAGGGUAACAAAAACCUUGGAAAGCAGGGAGGCAACUUGCCGAUGUCAGCGCCCAACAAGGGUAACAGUUCCAACAACUAUCUCAAUCUGGCGCUGUUCAACUCCAGCAAGUGCAAGGGCAAGGAGGCGCCACCUGGCUGCCGCACGCCCAUGUACACGCCAAAUUCGCCCAUUUACUCGCCCAGUUCGCCGCAGUAUGUGCCCAGCUACAAUAUUCCCACAAUGCCCACCUAUAAGUACACCCCAAAGCCAGCGGCCAAUUCUGGAAGCGGAAACGGAGGCACUGGCAGCUACCUGCAGAAUAUGUUGGGUGGCGGAAAUGGAAGUGGAUCGCUUGGUGGAUUGUUCCCAUCACCGCCCACCAAGUCGGAUCAGAAUACCAAUCCAGCUCAUGGAGGCGCUUCUUCAGCUUCGCAAUCUGGAAGCAAUGGAAUGGCGAAUAACAAUAUCUAUAUGCCCAAUGAAGAUGCACCCGAAAAGCAGCAGGUGAAGGUCAAGUCUCUGCUGAACUCGUGCAACAUCAAUAUCCCCUCCUCGCUUUCGAUCACCAUCUCUCGGGACAACGGAGAUUCCUCGUCACCCAGUAAUGGCCAGCAUCCGAAACACAAAAGCCCGGUCAACAAUUACAUUGAGAUCGUUAAGCUGCCCGAUCAGCCACAGGAUCAGGUCCAGGCUGCCAAGGAGGCUCAGAAACGGCAGUCACCACCUGCUGCCGGUCCAGGACCUCUGGCCGCAAAGUUGCCGCCGCCGCCACCAUCCAAAGCUAUUCCUUCGCCGCAACAUUUGGUGUCGCGCAUGACGCCGCCACAGUUACCCAAAGUGGCCACUCCCCCGCCUCCAAGUGCUCCUCGUGUGAUUACGCCACCAAAAACAUCACCUCCUGCCAAUGCCGCAAAGGUAACGCCUUUGAAGCCAGUGCUCACGCCUACGCAGGCGGAUAAGAAGACGCCCAGCCCGGAGAAGCGAACCGCCGCCCAGAUGGGCAGUCAUUCGCCAACUGCCAGUGAAAACAAAUCGCCCAAGGGAGGAGCAGCUGGAGUGGCAAAUUCGGCUGCGGGCGCCCAGAAUGGAGAUCCAGCGGCCAAGAAGUUCCGACCCAUCCUGCCCCGCCAGAAUGGCAUGCCUGAGUUGGCACCGAAGCUGCCCACUCUGGCUCCCUUCGUCGGUUUCAAUCCACUGCAAAAUGCAGCCGCUGGCAAGAAGGUGCCGCCCAGCAAGAAGUCACCUAAUGCCGGAGCCACUGUCCAUCAGACCGGCCAGCAAAAGCUAGCCAAUGGUGGACAACAGCAGCAGGCGCAGCAGAAAACCAGUCCGCCACAGAAGAAUCAACAGCAGGUCAAGAAGGCGACCAAGAAUCCUACGCCACCGCCUCCAUCCUUGCCGGCAGUCGGUAAAAUGAUGCCCCAUCCCGUCAUGCACAGCCAGAAUGCUCCGCUAAGCAUCGCCUCCAGCGCCAGUGCUGCGGCAGUCGCCUCGGGACAAUUGGACCUGAGCAACUUCCUCAAGGAGAACCUGAGGCGGGUGCAUGCGGCGCAAGCGGCGCAGGCUGCCCAGGCGGCGGCCGCUGCCAACCAGUCGAAUAUGAUGUACAACCUGGCCCAAAUGGGUCACAUGACACCAGCGAUGUACAACUACCAGCAGGCAUACUUCAUGGAGCAGUUGUCGCGGAUGCAGCGCGCCGGAAACGAGGUAUUCAACGAUUACCUGCAAAAGUUAAAGACCGCCACUGCUGCAGGUGGAGGUGGUCCGGCAGAAGGGGAGCUUAAACCCAUGCUGCCCACCGUCACGUUGCCCAGUCCAGGAGCCACUCCGCCGGCAGCCAGCCCCAAAACAUCACCACUGCCCGCCGGAAAGCUUACGGCAGCGGCCACGGCACCCCAAAGCAAGGCAAACAACAGCAGUGGAGCAAAUGCACGGCAGCAGACGGCGGCCACCGGCAACAACGGAGCACCAGUAUCCGCCGCCUCCUUGCCACCGGCCACCAAAAGCAAGUGAAGCAAGGAGUCGUCGCAGUUUCAGUCCCAGUCCCAGUCCCUCGUAGCUUGUAGCUCUAAUUAAUUUUUAAAGACCUUGUUUUAGUUAUUCAUUUACGUUACCCGUUUGUUCGUUGGCGCUAUGGCAGAGUCCACGACCAGAACCAAUUCCUCGCCCUAAUUACGGUGGCACGGAAUCCAACCCCUGCACCUGGGGGUGGAUUCUCCUCACCCAAAAAAAAUGUUACACAGUCCAGCCGAGUGUAUGCUGCCCCUGGUAGUAAGCCAACGCUCUGUAAAUAUAUAAAGAUAUAAACAUAUUUCUAGAUGUAAGAGAGUUGUAUUAAAAAUAAACGGAGGAUAAGACAGCGAUUCAGAAUCGAUAUGUAUGCAGAUAUACGAAUACGAAUUAUAUUUAUUCAUAGCCGUAAGCGAAGUUAAGCCUAAGUGUACAUAGCAGCCGUAAGAUAGCAUUUGUAUAAUCUUUUCUAUGUAAAAUCAAGCGGAAAAAUAGAAAUCUAAUUUA